AUGAAGAGGCAAAACGUUCGGACCCUCGCACUCAUCAUCUGCACUUUCUCGUAUUUACUCAUUGGUGCAUCAGUGUUCGAUGCGAUUGAGUCGAAACAUGAGAACAGCCAGAAAAGGCAGUUGGACCAGCGCAAAUUUGAACUGAUGAGGAAAUACAAUCUGUCCAAGAGCGAUUUUGACGAGCUGGAAAAAGUGGUUCUACAACUGAAGCCACACAAAUCUGGGGUUCAGUGGAAGUUUGCCGGAUCAUUUUACUUCGCCAUCACUGUGAUUACAACAAUAGGUUACGGCCACGCCGCCCCGAGCACGGAUGCGGGCAAGGCCUUCUGCAUGUGCUACGCCCUGCUGGGCAUCCCCCUGACGCUGGUCAUGUUCCAGAGCGUGGGCGAGCGCAUCAACACCCUGGUGCGCUUCCUGCUGCGCAGCGCCAAGCGCUGCCUGGGCAUGCGCAAGGCCGACGUCUCCAUGGCCAACAUGGUGGCCAUCGGCUUCAUCGCCUGCUUCAGCACGCUGUGCAUAGGCGCGGCCGCCUUCUCGCGCUACGAGGGCUGGAGCUUCUUCCACGCCUACUACUACUGCUUCAUCACGCUCACCACCAUCGGCUUCGGGGACUACGUGGCGCUGCAGCGGGACAACGCGCUGCAGAACAACCCGCACUACGUGGCCUUCAGCUUCGUCUACAUCCUGACGGGCCUGACGGUCAUCGGCGCCUUCCUCAACCUUGUGGUGCUGCGCUUCCUCACCAUGAACGCCGAGGACGAGAAGCGGGACGCCGAGGAGCGCGCCCUGCUGGCCAGGGAGAAGAAGUGUCCACCACGGUUCUCGGACGCGGAGAUGUCCGCUGAGAGCGCCCGUCAGCGCGGCCUUCGGGACAUGUAUGCCGAUGUGCUGCACUUCCAGACCAUGUGCUCGUGCCUGUGGUACCGCAGCCACGAGAAGCUGGUAGUGCUGCCCAGAGACCUGUCCAUCAGCGAGGCCCUCAUGGAGCAAGGGGAGGUCUCGGUGGGGGGGUUAGGGGGAGGGGUGACGUCACUUGUCGGCGUCGGGGACGGGUUUUUCGAACCCGGGGUCAGCGGAUGUGUGUGCAGUCCGCACCAGUGCUCAUGUGCCAGCUGCAUGUCCACUGAUGCACAAAGCAUGGUGCCCUUCAGCAUGUGUUCCCUGAGACGGAGCUCAGUGUAA